AUGCUCAACGAGACAUGUAAUUUUGAAGAACCAUUUGCCAAUACAAUAAUACACUAUGUAUCCACAAGCAUCUCUAUUCCAAUGUACGGAGUAGCGUUUUGGAUUCUAAUUUUCAGAAGUCCGACACAUUUUAAAAGUUAUCGAAAUUUUCUGGUGUCCCAUAUUUUUUCAGGUCUUCUCCUGGAAAUCCAUAUGGGCAUGAUUUGGAAGGUUACUAUAGUUCUACCAAUUCCAAUAAUGUGCUCCAAUAAUUUUAUCGCUGAAUAUGCUCCGAUUGUUUUUCAAUUCCUACCAUUAUGCCUAGUUUAUACGGGAACUUCUAUAAUUUCCUUGUUCGUAUUCAGAAUGGAAGCUGUGAAUGUGCAUAGAUUCGAAAAAUCGAUUCUUCAAAGAUUGGUUUAUCUUAUCAGAUAUGGAUUUUUUGUUAGUAUAGUGGUGGUGUUGGUUAUCACAGCUUUGAUAUAUCCGGAUUUGAAAUAUCAGAAAGAGUACAAAACGAAAAUGGAACAGAGAUUCGGUCAAUUCCAAUCAUACAUGUGGUGUGACAAUUGUUUCUUCUUUAAUUUUGAUUCAACUUUAUUCCGCUAUUUUUUCAACAUUUGCGCAAUUGCCGUCGUCCUUGGAACCUCAUCUGGAGCCCUCGCAUUUUUCUUGACUGUAUACUCAAUCAAUUCUGUGAAAUCACAAUUAUCAGGAAAAACCAAAAAAAUGCACAGAAAUUUUUUAAUCAGCCUGGUGAUUUCUGCUUUAAUUCACGGAAUCUGUAUUCUAGUCCCUCUUAUUGGCUUUUUAUGGGCUAUCACUCUAGUUAUCAGCUUAUCGCAAUUUCCAUAUUUCCCAUACAUCCUGACCCUGAUCAUUCAGGAACAUGGUGCCGCCUCGACUGUGACAAUGUUUAUGACUAAUAAUUUGUUAAGACAGACAUUUUUGAGAAUUUUCUGGAAGUUUCCAGCGUCCAGUGAAUCACAGAUUCAAAAUCUCCAAAGCACUACUAUGAAUUGA